AUGUCGCAAGAUCAGAACGACAGAGACGAGAACCAUACGGUUGAUAUCUUCUCUAAACCAAAUUCAGAAUAUUUUAGAAUUCAGCUAAAUAACUAUGACUUCUAUAUGGCAAAACCUACCUCACUAGACCGGUCGCAUGGUGAAAGCCUGCCCCUAAAUCAAUUUUCUCAGGUUCCUACUAUUCGUGUGUUUGGUAAUACAUCCUCAGGCCAUCAAGUAUUGUGCCAUGUCCAUGGUGUUCUGCCAUAUAUAUUCAUCAAGUAUGAUGGCUAUAUAUCUGACACAAGUACACUAAGACACCAAAGAUGUGCUCAAGUACAUAAAAUGCUGGAGGAAAAGAUCAAAGCAUCUUUCAAUAGAAAAAAAGAUGCCAAACAGAAUUCAACCAACGAUAAACUCGGAAAUCUCACUUAUGUCGCAAACGUGUCUGUCGUGAAAGGCGUACCAUUCUAUGGCUACCAUGUUGGUUGGACGUUAUUUUAUAGAGUUUCUUUGCUCAAUCCAUCCUGUAUAAACAGGCUUUCUGAAUUAGUUAGGGACGGCAAAAUGUUUGACAAGAGGCUUGAAAUAUUUGAAUCGCAUAUCCCUUACUUGUUACAAUGGACCGCUGAUUUCAAUUUGUUUGGUUGCUCGUGGAUAAACUUGGACAAGUGCUAUUUUCGCUCACCUGUUCUCAACAAUAUGCUGGACAUAGAUAAACUGACAUUAAACGAUGAGCUUCGAUUACUUUUGGACCAGCACUGUAACUCACCUAAUAACGUACUUAAUAGAAAGGACUUUCCUCGCGUUGGAAAUGGGUUGAUUGAGUUAGACAUUUUACCACAGUUCAUUAGAAAUAGAGAUGAACUACAGCAUAGAGAUUUACAUCACGACUUUAAGGAAAAAUUGGGAGAUACUUCUGAUAUACUAGUCAAGCCGUAUGUAUCAUCGACUAAAGCAAUGGUGAAUGAACUGAUCAUGCAACGAAAGGCAUUAUCAUUAAGUAAAUACAAAGUGACUUCAGAAAUGAAUCGUCUCGUGAACGACCACGAAUGGCAGUCUUCUAAGGAAUUUGAAGCAUUUUACAAAAAAGCGCAACAUAAACUCAGCACUUUUGAUGGUCAAGUACCUAAUUUUGAGACUUUCAUAGACGAACAUCAGAAAUUUUCAGACAUCAAAAAGCCGUUUGAAGCAUUACCUGAGAUGUGGCCAAGCCUUCCACAGACUGUAAUUACCAACUCUAGUGUAGAGCACAAAAACGAAGAGCAGCCCGAUACCUUACUUACAGUGUAUGAGACCAUGAAUAUUGAGAAUGGCCAAGAAGGAUUAACAGAAAACUGCAAUAAGGUCGAACCUGGCCCACAUGCUUUGGAAAGCAUAGAGACUUUAGAGCAUACGGCUGACUCUUUAGGCGAUCAAAUAGCUUCUCUGAGCACGGUAAAGUUUUCAAUGGACAGUAUUCUAACACAAAAUAUGGCAAGAAAAAGGAAAUUGAGGAUGCUCGGUUCUGCCGAGAGGAUUUCUCCAGUGACCAGAAAAAAGAAAAAGACUAUGACCCCAGAUUUGCACCACAGAGAAAACUAUUUUGCUUAUCGGGUGCCUCCAUUUGGUUAUCGAGAUAUUCUCGAUGAAUUGGAGGCAGAAGGAUUCCCGAAAAUGGAAUAUCAAGAGCCUUUUUUUUCAAAUCCUGCAGACCUAGAAAAUAAACCUUACGCCUAUGCGGGGAAAAGGUUUGAAAUAACGUCAACACAUUUAUCAGCAAGAAUACCGGUCCAUUUUGAAGGCGAACCCAUAUCCAUUUAUAAUAAACCCACUUUCGAUAUGUUUUCUUCCUGGAAGUACAUAAGAAAGCCACCUAGAUUUGAUGAAGUAGCAAAAUGGUGCAAAGAACACGGAUCUACAGCAACGAAAAGUAUUCAGUCACAGAUAGAUUUGCAGACACCUCAUAAUAAAUUUUUAUACAAAUUUGCUAGUGAUGCCUCCGUCAAAGAGAAAAGAAAAAACAAAACACUGUAUGAUUCUCUGACACAUUUGACGCUUGAAAUCCACGUUAACACCAGGGGGGACAAAAAUCCAGAUCCUCUAAUAGAUGAAGUCUCCAUGAUUAUAUGGUGCCUCGAAGAAGAAACCUACCCUUUAGAUUUGGAUAUUGCUCACGAAGGAAUCAUGAUUGCUCACAAAGAAAAUAUGGAUAGUAAUUUCCCCACUCAAAUUCAACAGUGUGUUGGCAACAUUCCAGUCAUGUUUUAUGAAACCGAGUUUGAAAUGUUCGAAGCACUGACCGAUUUGGUAUUAUUAUUUGAUCCUGACAUUCUAUCGGGUUUUGAAGUACACAAUUUUUCCUGGGGUUAUAUAAUCGAGAGGUGUCAAAAAAUACAUCAGUUCGACAUUGUUGAAGAGCUUGCCCGAGUUAAAUAUAAAUUCAAAAGCAAACCUCGGGAUAAUUGGGGAUAUGCACAUUCUUCGGGAAUUUUAGUCACAGGAAGACAUAUAAUCAACAUUUGGAGAGCACUAAGAUCAGAUAUAAACUUGACACAAUACACCAUUGAAAACAUUGCAUUCAAUAUUUUACAUGAAAGGUUACCUCGUUUUUCAUACAAAUCUUUAACCAGCAUGUGGAAUGCUGAAAAAAGCUCUACAAAACUGAAAACUGUAAUCUCUUACUGGCUAGCAAGAGCUCGGAUAAAUGUACAGUUGCUGAGAAAGCAAGAUUAUAUUGCUCGAAAUAUUGAACAGGCAAGAUUAAUUGGUAUUGAUUUCCAUUCCGUUUACUACAGAGGGUCGCAAUUCAAAGUAGAGUCGUUUCUAAUUCGAAUUUGCAAGUCAGAAAGUUUUAUUCUCCUCUCACCAGGUAAGAAGGAGGUUCGUCAACAAAAAGCACUUGAGUGUGUACCUUUAGUUAUGGAGCCGGAAUCCGCAUUCUAUAAAAGUCCUUUAGUGGUUUUGGAUUUUCAGUCAUUAUAUCCAUCUAUUAUGAUUGGAUACAAUUAUUGUUAUUCAACAAUGAUAGGAAGAGUAAGGGAGACAAACCUAAAUGGCAAUGAAUUAGGAGUGACGAAAUUUUCAUUACCGAGAAAUAUUUUGACAUUACUAAAAGAUGAUGUAACUAUUGCACCUAACGGUGUUAUUUAUGCCAAAACUUCUGUUCGAAAAUCAACCUUAUCAAAAAUGUUAACCGAUAUUCUGGAUAUCAGAGUAAUGAUGAAGAAGACAAUGAAUGAAGUUAACGGUGACAAUAGCAGUCUAAGAAGACUUCUAGAUAACAAACAAUUAGCACUUAAAUUAUUAGCUAACGUUACCUAUGGUUAUGCAUCAGCAUCCUUUUCUGGUCGAAUGCCGUGCUCUGAUUUGGCUGACAGCAUUGUCCAAACAGGUAGAGAAACUUUAGAGAAAGCAAUAGACAUUAUUGAGAGAGACGACACGUGGAAUGCAAAAGUAGUUUAUGGUGACACAGAUAGUUUGUUUGUAUAUCUACCUGGAAAGACUGCCAACGAGGCUUUUCAUAUUGGUAACGCUAUGGCAGAAAAAGUUACCCAAAACAAUCCAAAACCCAUUUUUUUGAAGUUUGAAAAAGUGUAUCAUCCCUCUAUACUGGUUAGCAAAAAGAGAUAUGUAGGGUUUUCCUAUGAGAAACCUUCCCAAUCCCUUCCCUUUUUUGAUGCUAAGGGUAUUGAAACUGUUAGAAGAGACGGUAUUCCAGGACAAAAAAAAAUUGUUGAAAAAUGUAUACGACUACUUUUCCAAACAAAAGACCUAUCAAAAAUAAAGAGAUACCUUCAAAGUGAAUUUCUAAAAAUUCAAACUGGUAGGGUGUCUACUCAAGAUUUUUGCUUUGCCAAAGAGGUUAAGUUAGGAGCGUAUAAAAGCGAGAAGACUGCUCCUCCAGGAGCAGUUGUCGCGAGUAGAAAGAUGAAUGAAGAUCAUAGAGCAGAGCCUCAAUACAAGGAGCGUGUACCAUACCUGGUUGUUAAGGGCAAACAGGGACAAAUUCUUAGGGAAAGAUGUGUAUCGCCCGAAGAGUUCUUUGAGAACGAGGAUUUGGAAUUAGACUCGGAAUAUUACAUAAAUAAAACGUUGGUGCCUCCCCUUGAUAGGCUGUUCAAUUUAAUUGGUAUAAGUGUUGGCGCUUGGGCCCAGGAAGUAGAAAAAUCCAAGAAAAGCAAUACAUCCGGGAAAAAAAGAGAAAAACUAGAAAUAAUAGGAACCUCUUUAACGUGCUGUAAUUGCGGAGAAGAGCUAACUCAAGUACGUCCAUCGCAGCUUUGCGAUGACUGUUUAGCAAAAAGGAGUUUCACAACAUCAUCGCUUCUAAUAGAGAAAUUGAAGAGAGAAAAAGAAUACGAAAAUUUGAAAACAGUGUGUAGAACAUGCACAUAUCGCUACACUUUGGAUGCAAGCAUUGAGAGUGACCAUAUCGCCAGUGAAUGUAAAUCCUAUGACUGCCCGAUAUUCUAUUCCCGUGUCAAAACAGAGAAUUACUUGAAAGAUAACCAAGCUGCUAAGAGAGAAAAAGCGUUGGUCUUCUUGAAUGACUGGUGA